AUGUUCAGUAUUAGACCAUCUGCAUUUUGUGGAUUCGCCACUAUCCUUAUGAACACUGACACCAUCACAUCACGACCUAUCAACAGACUAUUCAACAUUGGUAAAUUCUACCGUGAAGUACAACCAUUACUGCCUUCACUCGACGAAAAGAUUGGAUUCUUUAAUGGCUUAAAAUUGAAAUCGAUAGUAAAAUCAUGUCAUUUAGAGAAUGUACCACUACCGAAUUUGUUUGAUUACUUUACAGAGAAAUCGAAAGCAGACAUCACAAAGAAGGUGAUCGAUCAAACACAAAUAUUAAUUAUACACAACAAUAUGGAUAUUGCUGCUCUUGAUUUAAGAAGGCGAUGUAACUGUGCAGUAAAUACAAAGUCUAAAGAUACUUUUGUUUCAUCUUGUACUGGUUGUAUUUGA